CAUGCAUGGUACGUACCAUGCAUGACCAUCACACACAACCCCCGCCGCCGCGCCGGGGGUGGUUGGCGGUGGCGAGUUUCCCUUUGGUCUUUGCCCCUCACCGACCUGUGGCCGGAGCGGGGCAAGCCACGCUUUAACGAGCGCACACUUACGGCAGGCCAGCCUGUAUUACAUAAUUAGCGUAACUUUGCAUACUCACGCGAGGAUUCAACAUUAUGUAACGUUUGAUACCCACAGUCGUGCUUUGGCUAGUCUAUGUAGUUGCUGGAUGAGACUUCCCGCGCGAGAGUCCCUGGCCGACGAGACAUCCCGUCGCGACGCACCCGCUAGCUGCGAGAGGUCGUAGGUAACGCUGAUACAGUGGGCGUCCUGGCUGUGGCCAUGUCUGGAGCCACGCAGUUCCUGCUAGUGCUCUGGAAGAACUUCCUCCUUCAGGUUCGUCGUCCAGUCGGUACUUUGGUAGAGUUGGUGAUACCUCCACUUGCAGUAGUUGUUCUCGUUGGUUUGAAGUUUGGUCUUUUUGAUAUCGAGAAUCGAAUCUUUGUGACGUUUCCUUCUGACCAUCUGACGGUGCCUCUGCCUAACAACACCUACCAGAUCUACUAUGCCCCCAAUACUACCAACACUCGGAAAAUAGCAGACUGUAUUGAAAAGAAGUUACCAUAUGCCAGAGUGACUGGAGUUAACAGUGACCAAGACAUUGUGUCUGCCCUGAGCAGUGUUGCUCCUCCAAUUGUUCUCAGUGGUUCAGAAUAUGACAGUUCAGAAUGUGACAGCCUCAAACUACCCACCAACACUCCUCUUGGAUGCUUUAUACGAGGAGCGGGUAUUUAUUUCAACAACUUGGAGAGUGACAGUUUAGAGUACACCCUUCGUCUGAGACAUGAGGUGGGGGAAGAUAAGUCAUGGGAGACCAGAGAUGCUGCUCCAAACUUCCAGGCACCUGGCCCAAGAAUUACGGACAAUUUCUACUUGAGUGAGGGGUUCAUCCACCUCGAGAACAUUGUAGGAGAGGCCGUCAUUCGACUGAUGGCUAACCCCAACAUGACAGACUGUGAUGGUGGCCUCGAACACAAUAUUUCAGUGGCCAUGAGACAGCUACCUUAUCCUCAGUACACAGUCGAUUUCUUUCUCAUCACUGCUGUCAGUAUUCUCCCAUUUCUGAUUGUGCUGGCAUUCAUCUACUCUGCUGGUACUUUUACAAAGGAGCUGGUUCUGGAGAAGGAGACUCGUAUCAGAGAGUCAAUGUUGAUGAUGGGACUGAAGCAGUGGGUGCUGUGGACCACCUGGUUCAUCAAACAAUUCAUCUUCCUCUGCAUUUCAGCAUUCUUUGUGGCACUACUUCUUAAGGUGGGGGGAGUGUUCCCAGCAAGUGACUUCUUUCUUUUGUUUUCAUUUCUUAUUGUGUUCAACAUCUCUGCUAUUACCUUCUGCUUCUUUCUAAGUGUAUGGUUUAAUUCUGCAAGAAUUGGCCUGCUUAUUGGCUUCUUGGGAUGGUUUGUGAACUACCUUCCGUACAUAUUUGUGCCAGGGAGAUAUCAGACUCUUUCUCUAGGUGCAAAGUUGGGAUUCUGCAUUCUUUCAAACACCUGUAUGGGCCUUGGUAUAAACACCAUAUCCCUAUUGGAGAUCCGUGAAGAGGGAGUUCUUUGGAGCAACUUCUACAAGGAAAUUUCACUAGAUGAUGAUUUUAACCUUGGCUAUGUGUUCCUCAUGCUCAUCAUUGACUCCAUCAUCUACAUGCUCAUUGCCUGGUAUGUGAAUGGAGUAAAGCCCGGCCAAUAUGGAGUGCCAAAGCCAUUUUACUUCCCAUUUCUUCCAUCGUACUGGCUGGGACGACCCAUGACUUCCAAUCAAGGGCUGACGAAUGUUCUUGAAGGUGUUGACGCCCCUCAUCUAACUGAGCUUGACCCCUCAGCUCAUGAACAAGAGCCACAUGGCCUGUCAGUUGGGAUCAGUGUGCAAUACCUUACAAAGAUUUAUGAUGGGGGUGUUUUACGAAACUAUUGGGCGAGUGACAGUAAGCAGAAGAUUGCAGUGAAUAAACUCAGCCUCAACAUGUAUGAGGGUCAGAUCACUGCUCUCCUGGGCCACAAUGGAGCUGGAAAGACCACCACCAUCUCCAUACUUACCGGUCUAUACACACCGACGGGAGGUACAGCAGUCAUCAAUGGAUAUGACAUACGGAGCAACAUGGACCAGAUCAGACACAGUCUCGGCAUCUGUCCCCAGCACAAUGUCCUCUUUGACAGACUCACUGUCCUGGAGCACCUCAAGUUCUUCGCAAGAAUCAAGGGUGUGAGAGGAAAGGAUGUGGUUAAAGAGGCAGAGUGCAUGAUUGAGGACCUGCAGCUUCAGGACAAGAAAAAUACCCCAUCCCUGAAACUGUCCGGAGGAAUGAAACGGAAAUUGAGUGCUGGAAUUGCUUUGAUUGGAGGAUCAAAGUUUGUGGUUCUUGAUGAGCCCACAUCCGGGAUUGACCCCUAUGCAAGACGAGCCAUCUGGGACCUGCUUAUACGAUAUAAGGAGGGGAGAACCAUUCUACUUACCACGCAUUCAAUGGAUGAGGCUGACCUACUGGGAGACAGGAUUGCCAUCAUGGCUGAGGGGAAACUCCGUUGCUCUGGCUCCUCCCUCUUCCUCAAGAGCAGAUACGGAGUAGGUUACCGUAUGGUGAUAGUGAAGGAGCCAUCUUGUGUCUCAUCCAAAGUGACCGAUAUUGUUACUUCUCUGGUACAAGGAGGCAAGAACGUGACUGAUGUUGGAGCAGAGGUCUCCUAUGUGCUUCCCUUGAAGUCGUCACAAAGCUUUCCACACCUCUUCGAUACUUUAGAAGCUCAAAAGGAACAAUUGGGCAUUGCUGGGUUUGGCAUCUCGGUCACUACCAUGGAGGAGGUCUUUAUCAAAGUAGGAGAGGGAACUGAUGAAACUCUGGAUGAAAGGAUUAAGCGAACAGGAACAACUACUGAUAUUCCUGUGUCUCGGUCCCAGUCUCCAUCACGGUCUAUUACUCACUCUAUCCGGCCAGCCUCACCUGUUCAAAAUGAGACCCUAGCACAGGAAGUGCACCAGGAUGGAGUUGACACCACAGAGCAGGUGCCUGAAGUGGUCAUAAAAGGAAAGUCUUCAGUGAAUUCCGAGGUCCCUCCGAAACCACCAACAAAUUUUGUCCCAAAUUCAGGUGCAGUUUUGUGGUGUCAGCAGUUCUAUGCCAUGUUUCUGAAGAGGUUCUACAACUCUCUGAGGUUCUGGCAAGCCAUCAUCACCCAGCUAGUACUCCCCCUGCUAUUUGUACUAAUUGCUAUGAUACUGGCUGUAACACUCCCAAAUGCAAACGAAAACGAUCCCCCGCGACCUCUGAGAAUAAGCAAUUCAGCUCUGGUCCCAGAUAGCCGACUGGUGUUCUUCGCCACUCUUGGUGAUGUGUCAUCCGACACUCUAGAUUUUUGUUCAGUCACUGCUGAUAGCAUUGGUGCAACUGAGCUACUGGAUUACACACGAGAUACUUUGGAUAUGUACAGCUAUGUGCAGAACGUGGAGACUCCAUCUCGGUGUUGCAACUACUCCUACCAGAUACUGGACAAAUUUUGUGCUAGACAACCUCUGAAACAAUUAAACUGUCAACAGACUCGUUUCAAAAACAAGUUUGGUUAUCGCCGUGGACAAAAUUGCCUUGAGUGCUGUAAAGCCAACAAAGCGGUGGUACCAUCGUGUACAAAUCCUCUAACUCAGACCAGGAGUCCAGACCAAGAGGACUUAUGUCCUCAACCACCACAGGUAUCAGUUGAUGAUGCUGAGAGCAACGCUACAGGUAGACUGGAGAGUGAGACUGUGUUUGUCGAUGAGACUCUUCUCAGAAAAGGCAAUGAUAUGUCUCCAGACGUGUACAUCCGAAGGAUUCAGGCUGGAUUUGUGAUCAGCUACCGAGAUCCACCUUAUGCUGCCUGUGGCUGCAAUGAUGCAGACUCCUUUUCUCAGAAUUACGUCAAUAGCCUCUCUGAGUGCACCCGUUCAGAUGGUGCCCAAGUGUAUGCACUGAGGCAGAGAACUCAGUUUUUUGACUGGCUUUCAAGAGACUGUGAUGAAGGUGGUAGUGGUAGUGGCAGUGGUAGUGGCAGUGGUGUGGCUCCGUUUAGUAUGGACUAUGCUGUGGAUGGGUUGAGUGCCAACCUACUACAGCUAAUGGCCUGUGCUGAAAAUAGUAGUUGUGACGGAGAAAAUAGUACAGUCCGUCCUACAGCAGAGUUCUAUCCCAAGGAACUACCUCAAAUUGCAGUAACAGUCUACUACAACAACAAUCCAUGGCACAUGUCGGCAGCAGCUCUGAAUGCCUUCCACAAUGUGUGGCUGAGACAGGCCACCAACAACUCCAACCUCAGACUCACCAUCAACAACCAUCCUCUACCUCGCACUGUAGAUGCUGAGGUUGAUGCUACUCAACAGAAUUUUAAUGGGUUUGCGAUUGGCACAAUGGUGGUGUUUGGAUUCAGUUUUCUCAUUUCUACAUUCGUCUUGUUCCCAAUCAAUGAAAAGGAAAUAAAGGCAAAGCAUCUCCAGUUUGUGAGUGGAGUUGAUGUGACCAGCUUCUGGAUCUCCACAUACGCCUGGGAUCUCUUAAACGCCUUGGUGCCUGUCGUACUCUCUGUUAUCCUUUUCGCUGCCUUUCAAGUGGAAGGCUAUACUGGAGACGGUCUUGCUGGAGUGUUCCUCUUGUUGCUGCUAACAUGUUGGUGUACUAUUCCAAUGGUCUAUGCGGUGUCCUUCCUAUUCUCAAACUCUCUGGUGGCAUUUGCUGUCAUAUUCUUCUUUCUCUUCAUUACAUCACAGGUGUUCCUCCUGAUACAAUUCUUCGUGACUGACCAAUCAACCAAAGAUGCUCUGCACUAUUUGACACUCUUUGAUCCUUCUUAUGCCCUCUCAAUCGGUCUUAAUGACUUGUACCUGAAUAACAUUGUCAGAGGCACCUGCACACAGAACAACGUUACACGAGCGGCAUGUAGGAUGAGUGACACAAUACGGUAUGUGGAUAACCCACUGUCCAUUGAUCGUCCUGGUGUUGGGGUCAACCUGAUAUACAUGACAUUAGAGGGAGUGCUUUUCUUUGCUCUGACUCUUCUCCUGGAGGUUUGUUUCCUAACUGUUCACUAUAACAUACGUUUACGUAUGUUUAUGUGGUUUCUCGUUGUGUACAGAAUGGGUUUUUCUUUGCUGAAGUCCGUGGGAUGUUUGUCAAAUAUAUUCAAAGGCGUAAAACACGCCCAGAAGCAGCAGAUGAACCUCUGUUACUUCAUGGCGAGGAUGAAGAUGUUGCAGCAGAGAGGAAGAAGGUUGUGUUAGGAGCCACGACUAAGGAAGACACUGUGAUCAUUAAAAAUUUAGUCAAGGAGUAUCACAGAUCACUAGAUGGCUGCACAGUUAGGGCUGCAAAGCUAGCUGUGAAUGGAAUAAGUCUCAUCGUCCCCCAGAACGAGUGCUUUGGACUUCUUGGGGUAAAUGGUGCUGGAAAGACCACUACAUUCAGUAUCUUAACUGGAGACAUAGCUCCUACAACUGGGACUGCUGUCAUAGCAGGAUAUGACAUUAGAACUGACUUGAGGAAGGUCCAGCAGCGCAUUGGCUACUGUCCUCAGUUUGAUGCUCUAAUAGAGAGGAUGACAGGGAGAGAGCUGCUGACCAUGUUUGCCAGACUGAGAGGUAUUCCAGAGUCUCUCAUCAGUCAGGCAGUGGAGGCUGAGGUGGCUCGACUUGACCUCUCCAAACAUGCCAGCAAACAGUGUGGAAAGUACAGUGGUGGAAACAAAAGAAAAUUAAGUACUGCUAUUGCACUUGUUGGAAAUCCCCCUAUUGUGUUUCUGGAUGAGCCAACUACAGGUAUGGAUCCAGGGACACGGCGCUACCUGUGGGAUGUUCUGACUGGAGUCACUAGAGAGGGAAGGAGCAUCAUACUCACAUCACAUAGCAUGGAGGAGUGUGAGGCACUGUGUACCAGACUUGCCAUCAUGGUCAAUGGCCAGUUCAAAUGUCUCGGCAGCAUACAACACCUGAAGAACAAAUACGGCUCUGGGUACAGUCUCCAGGCAAAGCUGGGGCAGAAAAUGCCUACACCAAAAACCUAUCCUACUGACCAGGAAGAGACUGUGUUUUCUGUAGCUAAUCCUGCUACUGAAGAUGGAAACCCUGAUCAUCAGUCUACACUAAAGAGGAGUGCUGUUGAAGAGAGUCAUGAUGGUGAGGACAUAAGUUCACUGCACAUGUUCAUCAAGGAGUCUUUUCCUGAAGCUAUACUGCUGGAAGAGCACCAGGGCUCAGUGACCUACCAGUUGCCCAGUGCUGGUCUGACAUGGUCCUCAGUGUUCCGUCAACUGGAGGCCAACAAGGACAGACUUGGUAUCAUUGACUACUCUGUCAGUCAGACCACUCUGGAGCAGGUUUUUAUUAACUUUGCUCGAGAGCAAGAAGAAAAUGGGCCAGAAUAGAACUUUAGUUUUUAGCUCAUCUAUUUAUUUCAGUAUGCCUAGAUGUUGGUUGGCCAAAAAUAGGGCACGAACAUGAUAUUCUGUGUCUGUAUAAUUAUUGCACCUGUGUGAAAUAUUUUGUGGAGU